AUGAGGCAGACAGUCCUGGUGCUGGCGCUCGCGGCCAGCGUGUUCGCGGCUGAGCUGCCCGUCCGUCGCAUCCCACACAGCGGUCCACAAAGGAGGUUUGGCCGGGUACACGGACGCAUCGUCGGCGGCUCAGAUGCCACCUUAGUUGAGGCCGUGGCCGGCAUCAACUCCCUGACGUCUGACUCGGCCAUAGAGCAGAGGGUGCAAGUGGCCCAGCAGAUAAGGCAUCCAUCCUACCAGGAAAUUGAUAACGUCGCAAUCAACGACGUCGCCGUCUUCCAACUGCAGUCCAGCCUGACCCUGGGCGCUGGUUCGUCGGCGACGCUGUCUGGCUGGGGUAGCACCAGCACCGGCCUUCUUCCGCACAUGCCCGACAUCCUGCAGUGGGUCAACGUCAGCGUCAUCAGCAACACGGAGUGCGCGCUGCUUCUGGGUGACAGCCCGCUCAACGACGACAGCGUCUGCACGGGCCCCGUCGACGGCAGCAUCUCCGCUUGCGAGGGCGAUUCUGGCGGCCCACUGGCCCAGGACGGCACCCUCAUUGGAAUCGUGUCGUGGGGCAUAUGGCCCUGCGGGGCUGAGGACGCGCCCUCUGUCUUCACCCGGGUGGCCGCUUUCACGGACUUCAUCAACCAGUACCUUUAG